ACAAAGAUUUCCAGGCUGCAAUGGGAGGGCUUUACCUCUCCCUGAAGGAUGAAUAAAUAGGUAGCAUUAGUGACAACCUGUUCACAGUCAAACUGAAGUGAAAACGAGACCAAGAUCUUUUCUACUGUUGGUAUUUAUGAGAUCAAAUCCUGGCAACAUGGAGAGGAUAGUCUUCUGCCUAAUAGUCAUCUUCUCUGGGACAGUGGCCCACAAAUCAAGCUCCCAAGGGCAAGAUCGUUUCAUGAUUAGGAUGCGUCAACUUAUAGAUAUUGUUGAUCAGCUGAAAAAUUAUGUGAACGACUUGGACCCUGAAUUUCUACCAGCUCCACAAGAUGUAAAGAGACACUGUGAGCAGUCAGCUUUUUCAUGUUUUCAGAAGGCUCAACUAAAGUCAGUAAAUGCAGGCGACAAUGAAAAGAUAAUCAAUAUGAAAAUUAAACAGCUGAAGAGGAAACUACCUCCCACAAACGCAGGGAAAAAACAGACACACAGACUAGCAUGUCCUGCGUGUGAUUCUUAUGAGAAAAAACCGCCCAAAGAAUUCCUAGAAAGACUGAAAUCACUUCUCCAAAAGGUAUCUAACGUUACAUUUGAUCUCCUACUUCGUCUUUAUCUACUGACAGCUUCUUAUUUUUAG